GUAACUUCCUUACAAACUCGACACACUGAAUGAAAUCAAAUCACUCACAUAAUAAACACACAAAAGUCACAUAUAGACACAUAUAGCUAAUAGCCUAAUAAGUUGAUUAAUUCUCUCCAAAGUAGACCCCCUUUAAAACUCCCUCAAACUUAUAAUUACUCCACUUACACAAUCAUCAAUUCAUACAAAUCCUUGUAAAAUUGCGCACCUCCUCAUUUUCCCCCACCUCGCUCUCUCACUCUGAAAAAGCCUCACGUGCAAGAAGGCAUAGCCUGUAGUUUUAAACAAACUCUGUAUUCCUGAUUACUCUCACAGUAGUACUGUAUCUCUUGGAACCUUCAACCAUAUAUUUUCACCUUUUCUUAGUUUUCUGUGUUUUUAUUUUUCUAUUUUUAUGACACUCUUGCUUACUCCGUAUAUAAUAAAGCUGCCUACCCUCAAUAAAGCUACUCUCCUCCUCUCUUUUUCUUCCUGUCAUUUUUUUGCCUCCUUCAACUUCUCUUUUUUUUAUUAUCUCUCUUAAUCAUCAUUAUAAUCACCUAAUUAGUAGUUUAUACUAAUUAUGGCAUUAGAAGCUGUGGUGUUCUCUCAAGACCCACUAAUUAAUAAUCCUUGUUCUACUACUACUAAUACUAAUAAUUUUGGUAUCAACUUUGAGUUUUCCAAUAAUUAUUUUUAUCAUCACCCCUCUAAGUUUUUGGAAGAUAGUUUUAAACUACCUUUAAAUGUUGGUUUAUUGGAUCUCGUCAAUAAUAAUAAUAAUAAUAAUGUUUACGACUUCAAUGGUAACAUAAAUAUUACUACCUCUGAUUUUAUCAUACAAAAUAAUGUCCUUCAAUGGCAACAACAUCAUCAACAACAACAACAACAACAACAUCAACAGCAGUAUGUUACUACUGCUGGCUAUUCUUCGCCGGAAGAUAAUUUGUGUCUAUCUGGCGAAGCCCCGCUGCCGUCUACAGCUGCCGAAACCCCUGAAAGUGGUGGGGUUCGGAGGAAGAGACGGCGGCGGAGUUGUAAAAACAAAGAGGAAGUGGAACACCAAAGGAUGACUCACAUUGCUGUGGAGCGAAAUCGCCGAAAACAGAUGAAUGAGUAUCUUGCUGUUAUUAGGUCCUUGAUGCCUCCUUCCUAUGUUCAAAGGGGAGAUCAAGCAUCAAUAGUAGGAGGAGCAAUAAACUAUGUGAAAGAGCUAGAGCAACUAUUACAGUCAAUGGAGGCACAAAAGACAUCAAACAAACAACCCCGCCGCCACGACCACCACCAAAAUCCAACGUCACCACCGCCACAUGGCGGUGGUGGUGACGACAAAAACAAAAAUGUUGCUAGUCAUCAUGAUGAGUUGGAUUCUUGUACAGAAUCAACACCAUUUGCUGACUUCUUCAGCUUCCCACAAUACUCAACUAGGUCAAAGCCUAGCUCGUCCGGGUCAGGUUCCGGUUCCGGUUCAGGUUCAGGAAGCAGUAGCAACACAGUGAGUCGUAGCAACUCGGGUGUGGGUGACAUAGAGGUGACAAUGGUGGAAAGCCAUGCAAACGUGAAGAUAUUGGCAAAGAAAGAAGCAAAGCAACUAGUGAAAAUAAUUGCAGGAUUUCAGGGUCUUCGGUUAAACGUUCUUCAUCUUAACGUCACUACUAUUGACUCUUUCGUCCUUUACUCUUUAAGCCUCAAGGUCGAGGAAGGAUGCCAAUUGAAUUCAGUUGAUGAUAUCGCGGCGGCUGCUAAUCAUAUUCUUGGUCAAAUUAAAGAGGAAGCUGUAGAUCGGUCACUUUAAUAAAAAAAAAUUUAUGCAAAUCAGUCACAUUAAUAUGAUAAUGCAUAUAAUUUAAGCUUGUAAUAAUCUGUAUUAGUAGCGCUAAUGACAGGCUAGGUAAGGGGGUUUUCAAUUAUUUAAAAUCGUUGCCCCUUUAUAUUAUCCACAAUAUUUUUUUCUAUCAAUAGCUCACUUUUUUCGCCGUAUCUCAAUCUUUUUACUGUAAUACUGUUAAAUUACCCCUUUUCCAUAGUGGGGUAAAGCUUGAUUUCGGAAGGGCUUUUUUUUUUUUUUUUGCAUUAUUGUUACUCCAUCUGUUCCUUAUUGCCCAUUUAACUUUUUAACAUUUUCAA